GGAUUAUAUUCUUGUUCAGUUUUCCAUCAGCUGCAGGUCAGAUUAUCAUAAAUAUAAAUAAUAUUUCUUUAAAUUAUGAAAAAUAAAACCUUCCUCUCAGGCGCUGGCCUCUGAUUGGUCGGUUUGACUGUCUCUGUCUGCUUGGCCCCGCCUCCUGUGACCUUUGACCUUCUGCCAGGUAGAUGUUUGAUGAAGCUGAACGUGGAUUAAAACGAUUUUACAACAAUUUCUGAAUCAGAUGGAAACAUGAAGAAUGAAGGAAAAUCAAUCGACUUGUUUCCGUCUUCAGUUUCUCCUCAGAUCUCGUCAUUUCCUGGAGAAUCACGAUGGAUGAAGCAGCUGUGUUUUAUGACGUGCCUCGCUUGACCCGUAAAACCAGCAAAGAUCUCAUUAUGACCUUCUCCCCACUGAGGAUCAUCCUAAUGGGGAACAGUUGGUCUUCAAGAAGUGAGGUUGGGAACACCUUACUGGGACAGUCCCAGUUCAACCCCGAGGUAGAACCAGAAACCUGCCUGAGCUUCAGAGGUCAGCUGAUGGGGAACGGCUUGGUCAUCGUCAACACUCCAAAUCUGCUGCUGUCCAACGUCUCCCAGUUCCAUCUGAUAGAGCACAUCGAACGCUGCAUGAGACUUUCUUCUCCUGGACCUCAUCUGUUUCUGCUGGUUCUGCAACCUGAAAGCUUCACAGAGGACCACAAAGACAGGCUCUGCAGAAUCCUGCAAUAUAUCAGCGACCAAUCCUUUGCUCACUCGCUGGUUCUGAAAACACCCAGAGAGACACCCGGAGAGACACCCGGACAAAACUCGGUCAGUCUGCCAGCCCUAGAGGCCAUGGUGAGGAACUGCAGAGGAGAGUUUCUGUGGAGGAGGACCACCAAACUCUCUGAGAUCUGGCAGGUUUUGGAAAAAACUCUGGCAGAGAACAGAGGACGACGCAUCAGCUCAGAGAAGUUUGAGGAACAGACAUGCAUGGACACCCAGGUUUCCAGUUCUGCCUUCAGAAUAGUUCUGUUUGGGAAAAGUGAAGAAAUGAAGACAAAACUGGGGAACUUUAUCCUUGGUAAAGGCCGAGAGCUUUUCCAUAAAACGUCUUCUCCCAAAUGUGCAGCUGCUGAUGGAGAGUGGAAAGGAUAUUCACUGACGGUGGUUAAAACUCCAAACUUCUUCCACAUGUCUGAGAAAAAAAUCAAAGCAGAAAUGAAGGCGUGUGUGAGACUCUGUGAGCCUGGACCGAAUGUCCUUCUGCUGCUGGUCAAACCUUCCUCAUUCUCACAAAGAAAGAGGCAAAGCCUCUCAUCCGUCCUCGGCUUGUUGGGACCGGACGCUCUGAAGCACACGCUGGUGGUAAAGACACAUGAACAAAUCGAAUCUGGGCCAACCAAGCAGCUCAUCAGAGACUGUGAUGAACGGCAGUUCAACAUGUAUGAAAAUGACCAGAGGACAUUAAUGAGGAGGGUUAAAGCCACUGUGCAUCUCAACAAGGGAGUCUACCUCACCUUCGCUGAAGACAACAUGGACCCAGAACCUGAACUUCACAGGAGAACCUUAAACCUGGUUCUGUGUGGGACAAGAGGCGCAGAGAAGACCUCACUAACAAAGGUCAUUUUGGGUCAGACAGAGCUUCAUUCGGAUGCCAACCCUUCAGACAUCAUCAUGAACGAAGGAGAGGCGUGUGGCCGUUGGGUUUCUAUUCUGGAGAUGCCUUCACUGUACGGAAAAGCUCAGCAGGAAGUGAUGGAGGAAUCCUUCAGGUGUGUCUCCCUCUGUGAUCCUGAGGGUGUCCACGCCUUCAUCCUGGUCCUGCCUGUGGGUCCCCUCACUGAUGAAGACAAGGGAGAGUUACACACCAUCCAGGACACAUUCAGCUCCAGAGUCAAUGACUUCACCACCAUCCUCUUCACUGUGGAGUCAGACCCUAAACAUCCAGCUGUUGGGAACUUUAUAAAGGAGAACGGAGACAUCCAGGAUCUCUGCCGGAGCUGUGGAGGGAGAUAUUUGGUUCUGAACAUCAGAGACAGACGGCAGAUCCCAGAACUGCUGCGUGUCAUAGAAAAAAACAUCAUGUCUGAAGAUGAGCAACAUGGAUACACGGCCAAAAUACACGCCAACGCUCAAGCAGAAAAAAUCUGGGAAAAAGAUAAAAACAUUGGACAUCUGGAGGAAGAAGUUCAGAACCUCAAGAGGAAAGCCAACAUCAACAGAAUUGAUGAACCGCCGACCCCAGACACUCUUAGGAUCGUCCUGAUCGGUAAGACCGGCUGUGGGAAGAGCUCCUCUGGAAACACCAUCCUAGGAAGAGAGGAAUUCAAAGCUCAGACUCUCCAGAAAUCUGUCACCAAGUAUUGCCAGAAAGCACAGAGGGAAGUGUCCGGCCGCUCAGUCGCUGUGGUCGACACUCCUGGACUGUUUGACACCAGCCUGUCCAACGAUGAAGUCAAUGAGGAGAUGACCAAGUGCAUCAGUCUCCUGGCUCCAGGGCCACACGUCUUCCUUCUGGUGCUGCAGAUCGGCAGGUUCACUGCAGAGGAGAUGGACACAUUAAAACUGGUCAAGAGAGUCUUUGGAAAGACUUCUGAGAAGUUCACCAUCAUCCUGUUCACUAAAGGAGAUUCAUUAGAACAUCAUUCAAUGUCUGUAGAGGAAUACAUAGAGAAAGGAGACGAUCACAUCAAGAAUCUCAUCGAAGCCUGUGGCGGACGGUACCACGUGUUCAACAACUACGACAAAGAAAGCAAAGCGCAGCAGGCCUCUGGGCUGAUAGGGAAGAUCGAGCAGAUGGUGAAGAAAAACGGCGGCGGCUGCUUCACCAAUGAGAUGCUGAGGGAAGCCGAGGCGGAGAUCCAGAAAGAAGUGGAGAAAAUCCUGGAACAGAAGAACGAGGAAAUCCAGAAAGAGCUGCAAAGGAUUGAGAAACAACGAGACAAAGAGAUGAAGGAGCUGCAGGAGAGGAUGGAAGAACAAAAAGCAGCUCUAGCUACUGACAGAGAAGACAAUUUAAAACAACUGGAACAAGCGAGAGUUAAACUGACCAAUGAGACUGAGAGGAUAAAGAAAGAGACGGAAAAGAGGGAUGAAGAAGACGGCAAGAAGAAGAGAGAGGAGGAGGAGGAAAAUCUGGUGUCUGAAGCAAAACUGAAAGAUUUGCAGGAAAAAAUGGAUUCUACGACGGAUCUGGAGAAGAAAAGUUUACUGGGACAACUCAAAGAAAGUAAGAGGAGAGAGCAAGAGAACAGGAAGAAGGAGCUGAAGGAAUACUGGGAACGUCGAAGGAGAGAGAAUGAGAGCAGACGGAAAAAGGCAGAAAUAAAACUCAAACAGAUGCAAAUGUAUUACGAUCAGAGAAAAAAGACGUGCGAACAACAGACUGAGCAGGAGGACGAAACACUGGGAGAGCUGAUCGAAAAAUACGAGAGGAAAGCAGCCGACAUCAGGAAGAAGUUCCAAGAGGAGGCGAGAGAGCAAGCUGAAGAACACAACGACUUCAGGGAGAAGUACGGGAAAAACUUUGCUGGUCUGAUGGAGGAACACCGGGAGGAAAUGAACAACCUGGAGCGGAAACACCGGAGGGAGAUGCAGGAGAAAGAGGAGAAACAGCAGAGAGAGUACAAACUGCUGGACAACCUGCAGGUUCACAAAGAGGAACGACUGAAAGAAGAACUGCAGCAGAAAGACAAGCGGCUGAAAGAAAUGGAGGAAUUAAAGAACAACCAGGAGAGAGAGAUAAAGAUGAUGAAGGAGAAAUACAAGAACAGAUGUGUGAUCGCCUGAGAUGUUCUGGUCCAGGGACUGGACCGACUUCAUCGACGGAUUCACAUCAUCAACAUCCAUUUUCAGUCCAUGAUGAGGCUGUAGCUGUAGCAGGUGGCAAUCAGCAAUCCCUGGUCAAACCUCGAGGUCCAAACCUUUCAUCGUCUGAGAAGAUCCUCAACCGGAUGGAAAACCUGCAGACAGCAAAGAGCCAGCAGAGACAAUGAGGACGAAUCGACCUCCGCCCCUCGGUGAUGUCACAGCCUGUCCUUCCUGCCCACAUUAACCCCACAGUGAGGAUCACCAGCAGAGACGCCAACUGGGCCAGAACCAGAGCAGAUAUCGACCUGCUGGAGGAAGACCUGAUGAUGAAGGAGCUUCUCUUCCAGCAGCAACGAGACGCUUCCAUGUCUUAGACUCUGACGAUGGUUCAAUAUUCCUCAUCUGUCCUGAUUCCUCCUCACAUCUUCCUCGCCAUAAAUCACUCUGAUUUAUUUUGGGCUCUCAGCAACCAGCAGAGCCUGGUACAAUCUGGAGGCGUGUGCUCUGCUGGCAGUUUUCAGUCAACUCCUUCCUGAUCGGCUCCAGACUGGAGGUUUUCCAGGUCUCUUUGUUUUUGGUCAAAUAUAUAUUUGAAAUCAUCAUGAAGAGACAGUAGAAGCAAAAACACUGUAGAAAAUAACAUCAGCUACUGGUUAACACACGUCUGUUCUUCAUUUAGUGACGUUACUAGAUGAUGAUCUAAAUCUUCAUAAUAUCACUGCAUUAAAUAAAACACUUUAUUAUA